CAUGAACGUACCACUCGGAGAUCCAGAGGUUAAAAGGGUACAUGCACUAAACACGCUCAAAACAGAGAAGAAAGGUUUAUCAGACAAGUUGACAAAGUUUUCCUCAUGGCACAAAGCCACUCAAGCCAUAGCUCGACUGAUUCGCUGUGCCAAGAGAGAUAAAACAACAGGCCACAGUACAGUACAGGAAAGACAAAACGCACAAUGUGUUAUUCUAAAGGAUGUACAAGCAACUGAGUAUGCAGAGGAGAUAAAGUUGCUCAAGAAUGGAAAGGCACUUCCUCUCAAAAGCAAACUGUUUCAAAUGGACACUUUUCUUGAUAGUGAUGGACUCCUUAAGGUGGGAGGAAGGCUCCAAGAUGCUUCAUUCUCCUCCGCACUGAAACAUCCAAUAUUAGUUCCAAAGGGUCACCAUGUCACUCAACUAAUAAUAGCUCAUUUUCACAGUAAAGUGCAUCACCAAGGGAAAGGAUUGACAAUCAAUGAGAUCAGGUCAAAUGGAAUUUGGAUUCCAGGCAUCAACAAAGCUGUUGCAAACUUCAUACACCAAUGUGUAAAAUGUCGCAGACUCCGAAGAGGCACAGAGGAACAGAAAAUGUCUGAGUUCCCAAGACAGCGCUUAGAGCCAUCCCCACCAUUUACAUUUUGUGGAAUGGACUGUUUCGGUCCCUUUCUAACCAAACAAGCUCGCAAAGUGCACAAACGUUAUGGACUUCUUUUUACAUGCCUUUGUUGCAGAGCAGUCCACAUAGAAAUGUUGGACGACAUGACAACAGACGCUUUCAUCAAUGCGCUCCGCUGUUUUAUAGCUAUAAGAGGAGCAGUCAGUGAGAUAAGGUGCGAUCAAGGAAGCAACUUUGUUGGAGCAAAAAAUGAACUGCAGGAAGCCCUAAAACAAGUGGACUCUAAUCGCAUUAUCACAUUUCUGGCCGAGAAACAGUGUGACUUCAAAAUGCACACUCCUCAUUCAAGCCAUACAGGAGGUGUAUGGGAAAGGCAAAUCAGGACAGUUCGAAACAUUCUGCGCUCAACAGCUUCACUUUCAUUAGGCAGAAUGGAUGACGCAUCAUUAAGGACAUUCUUUUAUGAGGCAAUGGCGAUUGUGAACAGCAGGCCUCUUACAGUGGACAACCUCAGUGACCCAAACAGCCCCGAGCCUUUGACCCCAAAUCACCUGCUUACUAUGAAGUCAAAGGUAGCCUUGCCUCCACCAGGUAAAUUCAUCAAAGAGGACAUUUAUGCACGGAAAAGAUGGCGGCAGGUGCAGUACCUAUCAGAACAGUUUUGGUCACGUUGGAAAAGGGAGUAUCUCUCCAACAUUGCAACGAGACAGAAAUGGCACACUCCAAGGAGAAAUUUGAAGGUUGGAGAUGUUGUCAUGGAGAAGAUGAAUGAUUUGCCUCGCAAUGAAUGGAGACUAGCACGUGUAAUGGAAACAGUGACUGACAAAGACGGACUUGUAAGGAAGGUAAAGAUUCGCUUUGGAGAAAGGAAGAUGGAGAAAGGACAGUGUUCCAGUAAACCUUCCAUAGUGGAACGCCCGGUGCAGAAACUGGUUCUGCUAUUAGAGACUGUUUAACUACAAUUUACAGUUUAAGGUUCUUUCUUAUGUGCUAUGUGUUUUCAUAGAGUUAAGGUUACAGGUCAUUUCUUCAUUAGGAAAUCAUUAUCGCUCCAUUUGUUUACCAGUUAAGUUCUAAUGAUUUGGUGGGAGUGUAACUGACCUGAUAUUUUCUUUAUGGUAAAUUGAUUAAUGAGUGUUUGUUAUUCUGCUGCAGCAGUAACGCCGCUAAUGCUUUUAUUUUGAAAGGCUCAGAACGACAAGGCCGUAAAUCGAUUGUCGCAAACUGCAGCAGUAGCGCGAAGUCCAGUGUACAGAGAGAAGGUGCACUCCACGGUAAAGGACGGAGAAAAGAAUUGUUAAGGCAUAAUUUUAAGCUCUAAAGGGUUGCUCAGCACCUGGUUGAUGAGGGAACAAGCUCUUACGGUGUGUUCACGUGCAAGGCAUUUCAAAUAAAAGGAUCGUAAACCAUCAGUUAAAGAGACCAUCUUUUCAACCGGGACUCUACAUGUAGUACUGUCACU